GCUGACAUCUACAAAACGGUGACAAUUGCUUUUCAUCGUUCGUUUCAUAGACGGCAGAAAAAAUUGUUGAUUAGACAUUUCGGACGGACAAUUUAUUGUCAAUUAGGUUUAAAUUAGUUAAAAUCAACAUUACUAUAAUUUAUUGCUUUUUUGCCCACACAAAGGUGCUAUAAAAACGGCAGCAAAUUCAAGCAGAUUUGUAAAGAGCCUGCGUACAACCAGAGGAUACGUAACGAUUAGUACCGUUGUUAAUCAGCAGCUAACUAAAGGUGAAAAGGUAGAGCAGGAGCAGCCAGAAGCAACAAUGGCGGCGAGUAAUAGCAGUGGUAUCAUUGAAGCCACUUUCCCGAGCGGCGCAUUGGUGCCCAAAGCUGAAACAGGAGUUUUAAAUUUCUUGCAAAAGUAUCCCGAUUAUGAUGGGCGUGACACCGUGAUCGCCAUUUUCGAUUCAGGCGUUGAUCCGCGUGCAUCAGGUUUGGAGACUCUAUGUGACGGUAAAUCUGUGAAGGUGAUCGAGCGUUUUGACUGCACGGGUUGUGGUGACGUUGACAUGUCCAAAAAGGUUAAAGCCAAUGAUAAAGGCUUCAUCACGGGCUGUUCUGGACGCCAACUUAAAUUGUCACCGCAAAUGACUGCUUCUAACACUGCCAGCGGCGAAUAUCGUAUUGGUAUGAAAAACUUCCAUGACUUGUGCCCAUUCAAAGUGAGAGAGAACAUAACCAAUUUUUACAAAACCAAGGAUUGGGAUGGCCCUAAUAAACUGGCCACUGCGGCAAUUGCACGCAAAAUCAGCGAAUUCGAAGCGCAAAACUCAGAUUUAACGAAAUUGAGCUGGGAUAAGAAAUUGAUUAAAGAAGAUUUAGAUAACACUUUAGAAAUGUUAAACAAUUAUGAGAAGAUAUACAAGGACAUAAGAACAACCUAUGACUGUGUUUUGUAUCAGACCGCCAACGGUUGGCAGGCAGUCGUGGAUACUACAGAAAAGGGUGAUCUUGAGAACGCGUUGCAUCUUGGCGAGUAUACGAAGACGCACGAAAUAAAGAAUGUUGAUGACUUCUUCUCCAUAUCGAUGAAUGUGCAUGAUAACGGCGAUGUGCUCGAGAUUGUGGGCAUGUGCUCAUCACAUGGCACACAUGUCGCUUCCAUUGCCAGUGGCAAUCACGCGUCCAAGGAUGUCGACGGCGUUGCGCCAAAUGCACGCAUUGUCUCGAUUACAAUCGGUGAUGGGCGUUUAGGUUCGAUGGAGACCGGCACAGCGCUUGUGCGUGGCAUGAUGAAAGUUAUGGAAUUGUGUCGCUCCGGCACCAAAAUAGACGUGAUCAAUAUGAGUUAUGGCGAACAUGCGCACUGGUCUAAUGCCGGUCGCAUCGGUGAGCUAAUGAGCGAAGUUGUGAAUAAAUACGGUGUUGUGUGGGUAGCCUCUGCCGGUAAUCAUGGACCAGCUUUGUGCACUGUUGGCACGCCACCCGAUAUUAGUCAACCUAGUUGUAUUGGUGUUGGCGCUUACGUCUCGCCGCAAAUGAUGGAAGCGGAAUAUGUGAUGCGUGAAAAAUUGCCAGGCAACGUCUACACAUGGACAUCACGUGAUCCCUGUAUUGAUGGCGGUCAAGGCGUAACGGUUUGUGCGCCCGGCGGCGCUAUCACAUCAGUGCCACAAUUUACAAUGAGCAAAUCGCAAUUAAUGAAUGGCACCAGCAUGGCAGCACCGCAUGUGGCGGGCGCAAUUUCGAUUCUAAUUUCCGGUCUCAAACAAAAGGGCAUUAAGUAUUCCCCCUACAGUAUCAAGCGUGCCAUCACCAAUACUGCCACCAAACUCGGCUACGUCGAUCCAUUUGCCCAAGGCAGCGGUUUGCUGAAUGUGGAGAAGUCGUUUGAACAUCUCACACAGCACGCUGAAGCGUCUGAGAAUAUGCUGCGAUUCGCUGUGCGUUGUGGCGCACAAGCCGCUAAAGGCAUACACCUACGCCAGGGCGUGCUGAAGAAACCAAUCGAACAGGACGUUUCCAUCGAGCCAGUAUUCUUUAAUGACCUGGAGACUGAACCACAUCAAAAGUUCAACUUUAAUAUGCGUUUGAAUUUGAUAUCCUCACAACCGUUCGUGCAAUGUGGCGCUUACUUGGAUUUGAGUUAUUCAUCGCGUUCCUUGACCGUCAAGAUUGAUCCCACAGGCCUGCCGCCCGGUGUACACACGGCAAACAUAUCUGCUUACGACUCCAAUUGCGUGCAGAAGGGUGUGUUGUUCCAAAUACCAGUGACCGUAGUGCAGCCACAUGUCAUCAACUGUAAUGAGUCGGUCACCUUUCAAUGCACAUCAACCAAAAGCGAUGGCAGCAUUGAAUUCCAACCAAACACCAUACAGAGAGACUUCAUUAUGGUGCCACGCGGUGCUACAUGGGCCGUUUUGCGUAUGCGUUCCACCGACAAAAAUCGCGAAAAUCUUAUUGGUAAAUUCUUCGUACACACCAUGCAAAUCUUACCACGGUUGUCCUGUCGUGUCUUGGAGACUAUGAAAAUUUUGCCUGUGAAUUCGGAAAAUGACACCACUUUGCAUUUCCUAUGUCAGGAGGACAACAUACUGGAGCUGUGCAUUGCCAAAUAUUGGUCCAACUAUGGCACAACGCAUAUCAAAUACAGUUUGGAAUUCCAUGGCAUCAAAGCGAACAACACGAAUCCUUACAUCAUGCCCGCUGCGCGUGGCAUACACAAGCUUGAUUUUGUCGCUUUGAAGAGCGAAGACUUGCAACCACAAAUCCAACUGAAGACUGCCGCCGUUGUAUUGCGUCCCACUGAAGCGAAAAUCACGCCACUCAGCGCACUGCGCGAUGUCAUACCCGAGGGUCGUCAAAUCUAUCAGAACAUGUUGACGUUUGUGCUGCAAGUUGCGAAAGCGCAAGAAGUAGCCGUCUAUGCGCCACUCUUCAAUUCGCUACUCUACGAAGCCGAAUUCGAAUCACAGCUCUGGAUGAUGUUCGAUGCGAAUAAAGCGAUGGUCGCCUGCGGCGAUGCACACUCACACAAGGUCUACACGAAGUUGGAGAAGGGCGAAUACACGAUUAAAUUGCAAUUACGCCACGAGAAACGCGAUCUGCUGGAGAAAGUGUACGAGGCGAAUAUGGUGGCGCUCUUCAAAUUGUCCAACGCCAUUAAUAUGGACUUGUAUGAUCAUUAUAAUAAUUGUUUGACCGGUCGGCGCAAGUUUACCAACUGUGUGCUCAAGGACACACCCGCCAAGGUGCUCUACGUGGCACCCUUGCCGCAAGAGAAGCUGACCAAAGCGAAUUUGCCGGCAAACACUGCUUGGUUGGCCGGUACAGCGACCUUGGCCAAAGAUGAGGCGGUGCGUCGUGUCGAUUCAUAUGACUUCACCUACUACUUGAAUCCGCCGGAGAAGAAGAAUGGUAACGGCAGCGCGGGCGGCAAUGCGGGCAGCGGCAAUAACUCCGCAAAUGCAAGUAAAUCAAAAACCAAUAUCACCGUGCCGAACGCAUCGGUGAACACAUUGAGCUCGCUGAACACCGAUGUUGGUGACACGGUGACGGCGUCGGGCGAUGGCGCGGCAGCGUCGGGUGCUAACUCCAGCCCCGCUGCGGGCACUUCGUCGCCGAAGAAAAUGACCACGGACGAGUAUGCCGAGGGUCUGCGCGACUUCCAAUGCAUGAUGAUCUCCAAAUGCGAGAUCGGCAAGGCUGAGGACAUUUACGACGAGGUGAUUGCCGCGCAUCCCAAGUAUUCGUUGGCGCAUGUGCUCUUCAUGCAAAAUAUCGAAAGCACUGAAUACAAACCCUUGCUGCCGCACGCGUUCGUCAAAAUGGUGAACUCGAAUGUGGACGAAGAUGCGCACAAAGAGGAAAUGUUGAGAAUACGCACCGCCUUGGAGCGUGUGUCGCAGCUGGGUGGCUAUGUUAUAAAUGACAUGAAGAGCGAAUAUGAUGAGUUGCUCGCCUAUUAUGGUCUCAAGAGUGACACCCGUCCGGAUGCCAGUAAAAUUAAAACAAAUAUGGACAAGAAAAAGGCGAAUUUGUUGGAGGCUUUGGCCAGGAGGGGUGUGGCCAAAAUCAAGAUUAGCAUUAUCGAUGGCAAUAUGAAGGAUCACUUGGAUGAAUUCAAAGACAUCUAUGUGGAGAUAAUCAAGCUGUCGGACCCCACUGAUUCAAAGGUCAUCAACUUCACGCUGUGGCACGCCUAUGCGAAUGCUCAAUACGGUCGCAUGUUCAAAAUAUUGCAGAAAAUGUACGAUGAUAAGCGUCAACGUGAGAUACUUGAAGAGUUGAAUGCGCUGGCUGGCUCUUUGGGUUUCGCGCAUGUGCAGACUGCCAUCCAACGUAUAACUGUAACCGCAUAUCCGAACAGCUUCCGUAUAUUCUAAAAAAAAUAGCAAAACAGCAAAAUAUAUAAAAAAUUUCAGUAAAGUAGCAAAUAUCCUGCUCGGCAGAGCGAAGUCUACGCACAGCAUAAUUCAAUACGUUAAAAUAAUUAAAAAAAACACAAGGAAUAUACUAUCAACUUAUACAUAUAUAUAUAUAGUUCAUAUGUUUUCAUCUAUGUAUGUAUGUAUGUAAGAUUAUCUUUCUUAAGAAAGUGUGUAUUAAGUUUCUCUGUUUAAAUUGUUCUUCAGCACUUGUAUUGUAAACGUAAAAUUUAGCCCAUGAAUAUACUUGUAAACUCCUCAGCAAGCUAAAAAAAAGUAAAAUUAAACAAUUUUUAUUACUCAAAAAA